AUGUGCAAGGAAGCCGAACUCGGCUUCCUGCGAUCGGAGCUGGCAAAGGCCCACACAGAGAAGAAGCGCUACGCGGAGGAGAAGGUGCGUCAAGCCUUGAAGCUCAUGGCAGCGCGCCAGAAGAAGUCCCGGGAAUCCUGCAGCGCGCAGGUCGAGGAAAUGGCCCAAGCGCUGCAAGCGGUGAAUGACAGGAGUAUUGAGGCGAUAUUCGAGUACAAGCGGCAGCUGGCGGCGGAGACCCUCCGCGCCGAUGCCGCCGAGGCAGCGCGAACUGCGGCCGAGGCGGCGCGGGAGGCGGCGCUUGAGGCGGCGCGGGAGGCAGAGGCUCCACCGGAGCCCCGCGCGCUCCACGGCGCCCCUCUCGGAUUCGGCGCCUUUGGGGCGCUGCGGCGCUUCACCGAGCGCCUGCUGCAGCGGCAAUCAUGGCCCGGGCCCCAGAGGCGUCACGACGACGGGAGGUGA